UCCCCUCAGGACGGAUGAUCAGUCUGUCCCUUUAACGGGACUAUCGGCUGCGGAUUCCAGUAGAAAAGCGACGUUUUAAAUGCCUGCCUUGACGUCACUAAACUUUUUAAGCAGCUCCAGCGAGCGGAAUGUGAGGAGACUGUAGUGCGGGUCCCGAUGGUAACGGAGGCGAGCGGCUCAACGCGCCACAGCCAGAAAAUCUCCACUCUCAGCAGAGCAACAUCAGAUCACCUGCAGCCUCCCCACCGAACCUACAGCAUGAACCGAGCUUUCAGCCGGAAGAAAGAUAAGCCCGCCACGCACACCCCUGAAGCCCUGGUGAAGCGGCACGUGGCGUACAACGCCAAGUUCCUGGGCAUCACCGAGGUGGACCAGCCAAAAGGCACUGACGUGGUGAAGGUUGCUGUACGGAAACUCAAGUUUCAAAGGCACAUCAAGAAGUCAGAGGGACUGAAGGCCCCCAAAGUGGAAUUGCAGAUUUCCAUCUACGGCGUGAAAAUCUUAGACCCAAAGACAAAAGAAGUACAACAUAAUUGCCAGUUGCACAGGAUGUCCUUCUGCGCAGAUGAUAAAACAGACAAGAGGAUAUUCACGUUCAUCUGCACUGACCCCGAAACCAAAAGGCAUCUGUGCUAUGUGUUUGACAGCGAAAAAUGUGCAGAGGAGAUCACCCUUGCGAUCGGCCAAGCGUUUGAUCUGGCGUACAAAAAAUUCCUAGAGUCCGGUGGUAAAGACAUGGAGACCAGGAAACAGAUAGGCAACUUACAGAGGAGGAUUCAAGAUCUGGAGGCGGAGAACUCAAGAUUAAAAAAGCAGCUUCAGAAUCUGGAGGACCAGUUGAUGAAUGCUCAAGUUUCUCCUCUCCUCCACCUGAACCCCAGUAACGAGGCCUUCAUGCUGCAGCGCCCCUCGGCUCUGUUCUGGUGCGGUGGCGGCGUCGGUGGUGGCGGCGACUUCACGAGCCUCUCCUGUCUGGAGAUCUGCUCCGUCACGCUCACCCCCGCCAGCUCCCCUGAGUCCAGCCAGUCAGCCGGCCUGCUCACACCCCCGCCCUCCAAACCCGCCCAAUCAAAGCCCCUCAGCGACCACAGUGUGCCACGCCCUCGCGCCGGGAGUAUCCCCACGCGGGGGCGAUCCACUGAUGUCUUCGACAUGGUGCCCUUCUCACCUGUGUCGCCCAUGGCGAAGAUAUCGGACAGCAACGGGAGCACCCCACCUCCCUCCACUCCUCCUCCUCCUCCUCCAUCUUGUCUACCACUUAAGGAGAGGAGUAAGUAUGUCUCUCUCUCGGGAAUAGACCUGUUUGGAGCUGAACCGUUUGACCCUUUCAUCUGUGUACCCACAGACUACUCUCCCGACAUACAAUCCAAGCUGGACGAGAUGCAGGAGGGGUUCAAAAUGGGACUAACUCUGGAAGGCACAGUAUUUGCGAUGGAUCCACCGGAUAGUCGAUGUUGAUGUCAAAACAAACCUUUUUUUAUGUAAAUAGAAUUCUAAGUUGUAAAUGAUUUGUAAUGAGUUCUUGCUGAAAUGUUAAAUCAAGAUUUUCAGUGUAUUUCUAUUUGCAUUUUGCAUUGUGUCAAAGAGAUAUACUGUUAAAGCCACACAUGUGGAAUUUCUUAUUUUUGUAGGGUGAAUGAAACAAGAUGGACAUCAUAUGUAGGGGUUUAAAGAUUUCAUUAUUUAAUGUCAUAUAAUAGUGAAAUAUGUUAAUUUGAGCGGAAGAAUGAAAAUACUUACUGUUUAGAGGGCAUUUUAAUAUAAUGACAGAGUUAAAUCUAUUUAAUUUAGCAAUUUCUUUACUUUAGACUUUUGCACAUGGAAGAACUUGAAAAUGUCUUUUGAGUUUAUUCCACAUUCAUCAGAAUCUUGUACGUUGUAACUAGUGGCAAUUCAAUUGCAUUUUUAUUUUAUUUCAGAGUUUGUCAGAAUUUUACUAUAAAUCAAACACUGUUAGUGACAUAAUAUUUCACCUACAAAAACUGAUUUGCAUGUCUACGUAAAUCAUCCCAUGUACAAACUAACAUUUGUCAUCAUUUAAAACAUCCAUUUACUCUGCUAAAUGAAGAGGACCUUAAAACAUGAUUGUUUGCACUUCAGGGGUCGCGAAUGCCCACAUUUCUGUUUUAGACCAUUUAGCUUUUUAGUUUUGUUAGCCUCUUUAGUCAUUUUUACAGGUUUAUUGUACUGGUAACUUAAGUUUUGGUGAUUCAAAUCUGUGUUUGAUACUAACAUCAGCAUGUAGACCGAACCAGCACUUCCACCCUUAACUUAACCACUGUUAUUUUCACUUUCCUACAUCCAUGUCAUAAGAGGUGGAAGCCCUACAACGUGCACUUACACAAAGGCUUAGAACUGCAAGUGUUAUGUGUUUUUCUAUGCUAUUUGGAGAAUAAAUUGUAAACGUCUUCAGUCCUGAA